AUGAAGACUUACUUUGCCCUCGUUGCCUUCCUUGUAUCCGCCUCCCUCGCGGCACCAACCGAUGGCGCUUCGCAGGAGGUCAGCCUAUUCCUAGCAGAGCGCAAUUGCAACCGCGAUGACGAACCUUGCAUCGGCGAUAAUAAUUGCUGCAGUAAAAUAUGCCGAUGGAAAGCCGGUGACCCAAAGGGCAAAUGUGGCGCACAUUAA